AGUGUGAGCACCUCUGAUCUAUCUAUUUAAUUUGAAAAGAAAAAACGGCCAACAAUAUCUGGAAACUCAGUGAGGAGUUUUAGGCUUCAUGAAGUAGCAGGGUGUCACCCCUCCUCCACCGCUCAAUUAAUGGGCCCAUCAGAAUCAGCCAAUCACAGCGCUUUGCCAGAGAGCAGUGAGGGCAAAAGUCCACACCUGCAGGGAGCUGCUUUGUGACAAGAUGGAGCGUUUUCAAAAGGGGAUCAAGAAGUUGCAGACUCAGCAUGGAGAGUGUGAAAUAAGGCAUGAAAAGGCACAGUUGGAGGCUGCUAUGGCAGAUCUUGAUCGAACUGAAUGCCAUACAGCAGCUGAAGAAUGCAUGUCAUCAGAUGGAAACAGGCAAGCCUCAAGCUCUGGUGAAAAAAAGAAAAAGGAUGAACUCAAACAUCAUGGUGGCGAUGAUUAUGGCGAUGAUGAUGGAAACAGGCAAGCCUCAAGCUCUGGUGAAAAAAAGAAAAAGGAUGCACUCAAACAUCAUGGUGGCGAUGAUGAUGGGGAUGAUGAUGGCGAUGAUGAUGGAGACGAGCAGGCCUCAAGCUCUGGUGGAAGAAAGAAAAAAGGAGACACCAAAAGGGACACACCGAAACAGAGUGUAGGCGAUGAUGAUAACGUUGACGAUGAUGAUGGAGACGGGCAGGUCUCAAGCUCUGGUGGACAAAAGAAAAAAGGAGACACCAAAAUGGAAGCACCGAAACAUCAUGGUGGCGAUGACGAUGAUGACGAUGAUGAUGGAGACGGGCAGGUCUCAAGCUCUGGUGGACAAAAGAAAAAAGGAGACACCAAAAUGGAAGCACCGAAACAUCAUGGUGACGAUGACGACGUUGACGAUGAUGAUGGAGACGGGCAGGCCUUAAGCUCUGGUGGACGAAAGAAGAAAGGAGACACCAUAAUGGAAGCACCGAUACAUCGUGGUGGCGAUGAUGAUGACGACGUUGAUGACGAUGGUGAUGGAGACGGGCAGGCCUCAAGCUCUGGUGGACGAAAGAAGAAAGGAGACACCAUAAUGGAAGCACCGAAAUAUCGUGGUGGCGAUGAUGAUGACGACGUUGAUGACGAUGAUGAUGGAGACGGGCAGGCCUCAAGCUCUGGUGGACGAAAGAAAAAAGGAGACACCAAAAUGGAAGCACCGAAACAUCGUGGUGGCGAUGAUGAUGACGACGUUGAUGAUGAUGAUGAUGGAGGCGGGCAGGUCUCAAGCUAUGGUGGACAAAAGAAAAAAAAGUUGAUUUCAAAGAAAAGAGAAUUGCCAAGAGCAAUCAUUAAGAAGCCAUGGAGCCAAGAAGAGAGAACUGCAGUCACACAAAAGAUGGCCGGCUUUAUUGGACUUAGAAGGGUACCAGGAAAAACUGACUGCAGCAUUUGCAUCGAGGAGUCUCCUGAACUAAAAAACAGGUCAUGGAAAGAUAUAAGAUACUUCGUCUACAAUGAAAUCAUUAAAGUGAAAAAGAAAAAUAUGAUUUAGGAUUAUUUAUCCUGUUUUGCUCUUUUAAUUUAAUGUUACUUAAUUUUAUGCACAAUUUCUAUUAUUUUUAAGUGCAAUAUAUUUAUGUU